AUGAAUCUUCUGUCAUCAAAAAUCACAAAGAGGAUGGAUCAAAGUAAUCUACAAUCAAAAAUGGCUUCAGAUCCGGUUGACAAUGUACAAGAAGUAGCAACAACAACUCCAAAAUCUACACAAAAAGUAGUGAUUGAACGAGUUCCAGGCACAACCAUGUUACCCAUAGCCAGAGUCAAACGCGUUAUCAAAGAAGAUAAAGACAUUGCACUGAUCAAUGCUGAAGCAACCUUUUGUAUUGCUUAUGCAACAGAACUAUUUUUAGAGUACCUUGUAACAGAAGCUUUUUCAAAGGCUAAAAAAGAAAAAAGAAAGACUAUAUAUUAUAGAGAUUUAUCUAGUUCAGUCAAAGAAAUAGAACAUUUUGAAUUUUUAGAAGAUGUCAUACCACCUACUAUGACACUCAAAUCAGCUAUUGAAAAGCGUAAGGCAGCACUUAAUGAAGAUACACCUUCAAUUGCUUCACCAACUAAGAAACAAAAGUCUUCGGUAACAAAAACAGAUCAUGCAAGUGAUGAAGAAGAAACAGGAGGAAAAGCAGAAGCAGAAACAGAAGCAGAAGCAGAAGCAGAAACAGAAGUAGAGGAAGAAGAAGAUAUUACCACUGCUACAGCCACUGCAGAUGAAGAUAAUGAUGAAGAAGACGAUGAUACAAUGAUGGAGGAUGCAAAAUAA